UAGAACAGCCACAGAUAUUUGUGAGACCCAUGGAAAGGACAAACAUUGGCAGUAAAGUGACGAUCGAAUGCAGAAACAGCCAAUACAGAUUGAAAGAGUGCUGGUUCCAUAAGUAUGGUGACUGGAGAACACAUUAUUCAAACUCCAACACUGACUCUGGGGUUCAGUAUGUCAUUGAGAGUGUUACAGAGGUGGAUGAAGGGUCCUACAUCUGUGAGUGCAACAGUGUACAAGAUGAGUCUACACAGAGAAGUCACUAUGUUACUGUAGUCAUAAACCAGAAGCCACAUAUACGUGUGAUACCCCAAGAGGAAACUCGCAUUGGAAGUAAAGUGACUAUCGAAUGUAACAGCAGUAACAGCAGAAACAACCUGACACGUUGUUGGUUCUAUAAAGAUAAUAAAUGGCUUGGGCAUCUGUUACACUCCUCCAGUACAUCUGCUGUUCAGUACGUCAUACAGAAUGCUACAGCACAGGAUGAAGGGUCCUACACUUGUCAGUGCUACAAGGCACAGAAUCAGUCUACGGAAACAAGCAACCCUGUUAAAUUAGCCAUAAACCUGUUAGAGACUGUUAACUUUGAGAAAGCUUUGGUCCAGCAUAAAACCAAAAAAACAAAUCAUGACUUGGCAGUGUAUGAAAAAGGGAAUGCAUAUGCAGAUUUUUCAUCUUAUGGAAAUAAAACAGCUUUCCAGGUUAGAAAUGACACUGUUGCUAUAAAGUGUAAUAUGAAUGACCGGGGACAAGAAAAUGUAAUUUCUGAAACAGCUGGUCCUUUAAAUGAGACAAAAUAUAAAAGGGGAAGUGACGAUAAUUGGCAGUUAGAAACUGAAUGA